AUGCAUACGCACGGUUCCGACUUGCUUAGGUGGUAUUUGGCCCGUGACGUGCCCCCUCCACUCGUUGCGGGGGUGAGGUCGCGGGGAGGUGAUUCUGUGGCCGCCGUCCGUAAUCAUACUCAUAUUCGCGGGCGUGGAGUCUGGCGCGCCCGAGUGGGCGUCGGACGCGCACCGCGCGGCGCUGGGCUGCCUGCUGCUGGCCGACGCGCUGCACCGCGCCACCGCCCCCGCCCCCGCCGCCCCCGCCGCCCCCACCGCCUCCGCGCUGCACCACCACUACGUGCAAGCGUUCCGGCAGGCGCGGCUCGUGGAGCGGCUGCUGCCGGUCGCGCUGCGGCUGCUGCCCGAGCGGCUGCGCGGCGCCGCAGCCCCGCCCCCGCCCCCGCCCCCGCACUACCAGGCCUGGUUCGAGGAGUCGCCGGUCCUGCGCGCGCACGGUACUUCCCCUCUGUUUAUAUCACCGACUGCGGGCGGGCUUCCGAAUCUUCUGGCCGCGUUCCGAAUUUCGAAAUCGAGACUCGGACUCGGGUCUCGCCGAGAGAAAAGGAUCGCUCGCUGAUCCUUUUCGCCCGGAUCGACCCGUUCGGCCGCGACCGGGGCCGGCCCGCCGUUCGCCGUCCGUUUCGAGCGCGGGGCCCCCUCGGGUCUCGGGAAAAUUUCAAUUCGGAGGCGUCGACGGUCGAUCGCUCCGUUUUAUUCUAUUUCGUGUUCAUCCUAUAUCGACUCGAAUCGACGAAUCGAAACGGGCCUCCCUUUCGAAAUAUUCUAAACGUUCGGGUGAACCGAGGGGAGGCGUCCCCCGGGCCGAGCGUCGACGGAAGCGAAAUAGCGUUUUUCAUGUGCAGAGGCGCGCUCGGCCGCCUGGCUGGAGCGGGCGGCGUGCCGCGGCGUGUGGGCGUGCGCGGCGGGCGCGGGGCGGGGCGAGGCGCGCGGGUGGUGGGGGGCGGCGGGCGCGGGGGGCGCGGCGCUGGGCCGCCUCGUGGCCGCGUACGUGCGCGGGCCGCUGGUGCGGGCGCAGCUGCGCUCCGUGCGGCCCGCGCCCGGCCUGCGCGUGCGCCCCCUGGCGGCCGGCGAGGUGCUGGCCGUCCUGGAGGGGGAGGAGCGCCGCGCGGAGCUGCGCCUCGAGUUCCCGCCCGAGUACCCGCUGGUGCCGCCGCUCGUCACCGCCACGCGGCUCCGGCCCUCCGUCAACACCGCCUGGAUCCCCAUCUUCAUCGCCUACCAGGUACCAGUUCCGUCUCUACCGUGUACCGACGUGCCUCCCCGAGUCGGCCUGACCCUCCCCGCUGCCCGCAGAACGGCACGCUGAUGGCGGCGCUGGAGGCGUGGCGCAACGCUGCGGGCGCGGCGGCGGCGGGCGCGGCGUGCUGCGUGUGCUACAGCCGGCUGCACGCCGCCAGCGGGCACGCGCCCAACGUGCUGUGCCGCCAGUGCCGCAACCGGUUCCACACGCCCUGCCUGGUGAUGUAUCGCCCGCGCUCUAUCGUAUCUCGCUCGACAUCCCGGUGGCUCCCCGUUCUCCGCGCCAAAAAAGCUGCACAACGUUGUGAUCGAUUAGCUGCUCCCUCUGAUAUAAGUUUAUGCGAGCCGAAUAUCGCCAACUGGUCAAACUCCAGUGCACAAGUGGUUCCUGACAAGCAAUCGCUCCAACUGCCCGCUGUGCAGAUCCUCAUUCUAGCACUAGAACCAGGGACGGUCGACCGGGAGCCGAUGUGGCUUCUGCGAUCGUUAGCCUAGAUUUAAUUUCAUUAUGAAAUUAGCUACAUGAAAAAUUCAAAUCUAAUAAGUUCAAUUAAUAAUUGUAUAGUAACAC